AUGGUCUCCACGAAUCUAACCCUCAUCGUGGAUGACCAUGAUGCUCGCAUUGUAUACCACUGUCCUUCGACGAAGGAAAUAGUCAGGGGCUCAUACUUUCGGAACACUUGGACAACACCAGGCAGUUUGUCGUGCGGUCUGGAAUAUGGGUGGUUCAGUUUCCAGUUUAACGGUACUGGAGUUCGGAUUGCGACUUUGGAUUCUCAGAUAAACGAUCAAUACUCGGUCAAGAUUGACAAUGGGUCGUUUGUUGGCCAGAGGGGGAACGGGUUUUUCGAAUCGAAUGUUCUUGAAGACGGACCGCAUACUGUCAUAUACUCGUCUGGCAACCUCAGUGUGUAUCCUGCGUUCGACUACAUCACCAUCAGCGCCGGGCCGUCGACACAACUCUUUGGUGAAUCCAUCAUCGUCGACGAUGGCCAGGUGGCCAAUUUUUCGGGGAAAUGGAACGCGGAGCCGGCAGCAGCGCAGCAGAAUCUGCUCGGUCAAUCGCUCAAUGUGUACCAGAACACGACCCGUUGGACCAAUGCAACGGGCGACGCAUUCUCGUUCGACUUUGAGGGGACCUCCAUCGGCGUCUACGGGAUAAUACCAGAAACGAACAUGGCACCGGGCAACUCGACAAUUGCGUGUUCUGUCGACGGUGUGGUGAAUUCUUCAUCGUUGCCCAAGGGAACCCUCUCGCCUCACCCAAUGGUUCAACUAUGUCAGGCCGAUGUGCCCGCCGGCCGACACAACUUCAUGCUGAAUUUCACGCACGUGGUGCCAUCCCAUUCCUAUGGGUUCGACUUCAUUGUGUAUAACAGCUCAGUCCAUACCUCCCCUCCUCCGGGCGCGGCCCUCCAGCAAUCCCCACAAUCUCACUCUCACUCAAAAACUCAUAACAUUGGCGUGAUCGUUGGCUCCACGCUCGGUGCUCUCGCAGCUCUCACACUCUUUUGCGUCUUGGUCUUGUUCGUGUAUCGCAGGAGGAAGACGCCACAGUCCAAGUGGACAGCGUCCAAAGCAGACUCGUAG